CGAAUUUUGACAAAUUUUCGUUUUUAAUAUUUGAUGGCAAUUUAAAACGGGUCAAAAUAAUUAGUUUGUUACUGCGUUUGUUUAAUUUGUAAAUUUGAGACGGGAAGCAGUAAAGUUCAACGUGAGCCAUAAUCGAUAGUUAAGAAAGUGGGUAGAUUCCGAUAGUUAAGUAGCCUGUUCUGUGUUAUGCCCAGAAAGUCGACGAAUCUUGUUGAUAAUGAAAAAUGAAGGGUGUCGAUAGCGUUCCAGCUGAUCGUGAAGGGAUGACACACAAACCAAUCAUAACAUGUGCUGGAGACUGGAACUUAUUUUGCACCUUAGAAGCACCAUUAGUGGCUGCAAUUCCUCAAGACUCCUGUGAAUGGAGAAGGUCUUAUGGCCGUGUCACAAAGCCAGUAUACUUGGAAGCGUCAUUCACUAAGUAUGACAGAGAAAAAGUGCAAUCUGAGUUAAAUCUCUUAAAACGACCAAUAUUUCAUAUAUUCUGGACAGACUGUGUGGACAUAGAUUACUAUAAGACAACAUUAAGAGAUGAAGUGGAAACAUGGCUUAAGCAUAUGGAAAAGAAUGGUGUCACAGAUUGGAUGAUAGUUUUAGUUGAGACUUAUGACAUAAGGAAAGCCAACAAGUUACUACCAAGGACUACUGUUCUGGAUAAAAUUAAGGCAGACUUUGCGAUAAAACAUCAAGAGGAUAGAUUUCUAUCUGUAAUAAAUCCCAUCAAAUCGGAAGCUCGGAGUGCUGACUCAUGGAGAUCUUUGGUAGCGAAAAUACGACAUUUUGUACUAGUUGCGUACAACAAAGCAUUGAUUAAGUUUGAAGAGCAUAUGAGAGAGCAAAGAGAGAAACGGAAUGAUCCAGAAUGGGAUUUCUGUUCAUAUUUUAUUUUACAGGAACAACUAGCAUUUGUAUUAGAAAUGCUAGGUUUAUACGAAGAAGCUCUAGUCCAAUAUGAUGAGUUAGAUGCACUUUUUUCGCAAUUUGUACUCAAUUCAAAUGUAGCAGAGAGUCCAAAGUGGCUUGAUACAUUCAGACAACCGAUAACAUCAUGGCAGGCUGUUAGACUGACUGCUUUGAUACCACAGCAUUUACGAGAACUGAUUAUUAAGAAGAAAGCUUCCUUGUUGGAUUUCAGAAGUUACCUGUACCAACGACAAAGUGCCAUGUUAUUGUUAAUGUAUAAACCAUGGGAGAUAGCAUCGCGUUGUCUAAGCACAGUGCACAAUACGUUAGUAGAGCUAUCUCUAUUGGGUGCGAAUGCGGUGGAAGGUGCCGCGGCUUGCUGGGCGCAGCUCGCGUGCGCGGAGACGUGGCGCGCGUGCGACCGCCUCGCCGCGCCCCCCGCCGCUAGCCCCGCCCCCGCCUCCGCCUACAACGCGCACGGCAACGCCCUCGAAUUGUGCACGGCUACGCAGGCACCGCUCUUACACAAUGCCAAGGAUAAGUUACACGAAUUAGGUAAACUAUGUGGUUUACUACCCGGUUCCCCGGAGCCCACAUCAGAGCAGCUGCACUUGGUGGUGAUGCUGUCUGCUGGUAUGGGGGACAGCGAGGCUAACAACUCGCAGCCCACGCCCACUGACCGGCUGAAGGAGGCGCUCUGCAGCAAGACCAGCUUCCAGCAGUAUUACCUCGAGCUGGCUGAAUUAGCUAUGGGCACUUACAAGCAUAUUGGCAGAUUGAGAUUCGCGCGUCAGAUCGGUCGUGACCUGGCGUCGUUUUACUCUGAGCUGGGGGAGACGGGCAAGGCGGUGCUGUUCCUCACGGACGCGCUGCGCUCCUACGAGGAGGAGGGCUGGCUGGACCUUGCCGCGCAGACGAGGCUGGAGCUGGUCGCUGCUGCUAAGAAAAUGAAUGAUAUAGAUAGAUAUACAAAGCUAUCUGCGAGAAUCGCGAGCACCGUCGAGUUGGAGAUACUAGUCAGAAAUUUCUAUUUCGAAGAGAUGAUGAAAUCAAUCAGAGAUGGUCUCUCAGAGAAACCCGAGCCCGUUCUCACUGAACUUAACGAUUGCUUCAAAGUCGUAUCAGCGACGUUACUGCCGUCCGAACGUGGGGUUUAUAUCACUGAUAAUAAGGUCCAAUGUCGAUUGACCAUCGAAAGUUAUCUACCGAAAACAGUUGUCUGUACUCGAGCCGCUAUCAGUACUGAAAUAUCCAAACAAGAGAAACAAACGGACAGACGGACACCGGUUAAAAGCUAUAAGACUGAUUUAAAUGUAAAUGGUAGUGUAGGUACUCAAAAUUCCCCGAAGAAGUCGACAGGGGACGCUUCCGUAGAAAAUGACAAUAGUAAUCUAUUAACAAGUAUAAGACUGGACGAUUUAAAACCUAAGAAUCCUUUACUCAGCCCUCUAAACUUCACAUCAAAAUUGCAUUACAAAGAAGAUAAAAGUCUACAAAAAACUACAGUCGAAUGUCAAAACCCUAAAUUGACAUUAAAACGUUCGGAAAGCACUAAAUAUAGAAAACCUUCAGUUACAGUCAGAAAUAACUAUGAGAGUUCAUUCAGUGCUUGUAAUGUACAAUUAACACCGGGCACUAAUGAGAUAUACUUAGAAUAUGAAGCAAAGAAAUGCGGUGUUUUCAAACUUGGACAGAUUUCCUUAUUAGUGGAAGAGAAAUUAGAAUUCCUAUCAAAUGCUUUGAUAACAACUAAAAUGGGGUACGAAGUGGUCACUCAAGGGAUCAGUGUUGUUUUGAAUAAAGUGGAACCAAAGAAGGAUUUAGUGGCUGGGUUGGAACAUGAUAUGGAAUUAGUGGUUACUAGUGGAAGUUCGCCUAUACUAGAGGACGCAACAAUCCACAUGAAGACAUCCACCGGUCUCCUGAUGAGGUUCGGUGCGCAGCUGUCCCCCAUGUGCCGCGAGCUGGACGUGCAGGUGCCGGCGUGCGAGGCCUUCACCACCUCGCGCGUGCCGCUCAGGCUGUUCGCCAGCCUCCAGCCCAGGAGGGAGAAGACCGUCGAGCAUACUGUGUGGUUAAGCUGUCCGUGGUGGGAAGCGGUGAUGGAAGUGCCUUUACACUUCUCCCCUCCAAUGAUAGCCUCGUGGAGACUCCUCACUUCCAACACGAGGAAGUUCAUCCACGUCACCGUCAAGUCCACCGUCGCACAUCUCAUACAGUUCGAGCUGAUUGACCCCAAGUUAGAGUGCGAUAGCAAUACUACGCUGUCUGACUUAAACCCAAAAGAUGCUGGGAAUAUGUUAGUAGCAUCGGAUGGUACGACCGCGUCAUUUAUGUGGGAAUUACUGAAAGAUCCGCUUGUGAAAGCUGGUCCUAUGAAGGCCACGUUCAGGGUGCAGUACCGGCCCAGCGAGGGGGAGGACACCCUCAAGACAUUUGUAUGCCCCUUCGAUAUACAGGAAUAUACAACCCUCUUCGUUGUUAGAACUAAGUUAGAACCCGGCAAGGGUUCAGAGUUCUGUCGCGCCUCUCAAGUAUACUGCUUGCAGCUUACUGUGCAAAGAGUCAACGAAACUGAACACACCUCACUAAUGUACGAAGUGUUAGCUGAUCAAACUAUGUGGGCUGUACUGGGUCGAACUGCAGGCGUGAUAUCAAUGGAGGCUGGAGGGCCGCAGCAGGUGUCGCUGGACGUGAUGCCGCUGGUGGCCGGCUACCUGCCGCUGCCCACUGUGCGCCUCUCCAAAUACAUCGCCGCUAAUACCAAAGAUCCAAAGAAAGACAUCUCAUCUCACCCCCGACUGGAGCCGUUCAGUCCGGGGCAGGUGUACCACGCGGGCAAGGCGGCGCAGGUCCACGUGCUGCCGCCCGCGCCGCAGGGACACGACACCGCCUCCUGAGGACACCUCGCCAAGUGAACAAGUACAACUUCGCCCAAGUGGGGAAGUACAGCUUCGCUCGAGUAAAGUAGUACAACUUCGCUCAAGUGGGGAAGUACAACUUCGCUCAAGUGGAGAAGUACAGCUUCGCUCGAGUAAAGUAGUACAACUUCGCUCAAGUGAGGAAGUACAACUUCGCUCAAGCGGGGAAGUACAGCUUCGCUCGAGUAAAGUAGUACAACUUCGCUCAAGUGAGGAAGUACAACUUCGCUCAAGUGGGGAAGUACAACUUCGCUCAAGUUGGGAAGUACAGCUUCUCUCAAGUGGGGAAGUACAGCUUCGCUUAAGAGAGGAAGUACACCUUCGCUUAUGUGAGGAAGUACAGCUUCUCUCAAAGAUAAAUGAU